GUAAAUAAUAUUAAAGCUAAAAGCUUAUAAAUACGAGUCAAUAGAUUGAAAGUAAACAGUGUCAUCACCUCAACGCUACUGUUAGGGCAAUCUCUUAUCUCUGUAUCACGCAGCUACUACGUCUUCGCUUAUCCCCACAAAGGUUUUGAGAAAUUCGGCGUUGAUAUUCCAUGGCCAACAAUCCGUCACAGCUUCUCCCAUCAGAGUUGAUUGAUCGGUGUAUAGGAUCAAAAAUUUGGGUGAUAAUGAAGGGUGACAAGGAGCUUGUUGGUACUCUUAGGGGCUUUGAUGUUUAUGUCAACAUGGUACUUGAAGAUGUUACCGAAUACGAGAUCACGUCUGAAGGGAGACGGAUAACCAAGCUUGAUCAGAUUUUACUCAAUGGAAACAACAUUGCCAUUUUGGUCCCUGGUGGUUCACCUGAGUCUGAAUGAAGAAUGUUACUUGAUUGCAAACAUUAACUCUGCAAUGUUGCUCUAGGCAUAUAAUUCCUAAAUUUUAACGAGGAUUCUUAGACCACUAGGUUUUUACUUGCAGAAGUUUGGUUUUAAGAUACAUGGUUGUAAUGUUAUGGCUAUUCAACUUUUACCCCCAUGUUAAACUGUGGAUUGUCUAUUGUAACAAGUAAUGCUACUGAUUAUGACCAUUAAUUAUGCGCGUUUAUAUUUCUUU